CAAUGUUUUGAGUUUUCACUAUUGAUACAAUUGCUGUCUCAGAUAUUCUUUGUUUCCGUGUUCUUCAUAAGGGAGAAUGUGUAUCAAUCUUUGGACAGCCUCCGAACAAAUAACAUGAAUACUAGCUAGCUAUUAACGUUAAUGUAAAAAUAUGAGUCUGCAUGAAUCUGACAUCUUAAUUUAUUUAGUGGAUUUAAAAAACACUUUUUCUAACACUGUUCAGCAAGUCCUAAACCUCUGCAAUAUGCCCCAUCCUCUCUCGGCUCAGUGUAUGCAGAAUUCCCGGGUGAUGAUGUCUUGCUACAGUUUGUACGCCAGACAUGUGAUAACUGUUUCCUUUACUGGGCGUUACAGGUACAAACAUGUAUUUAAUAUGUUUCAGUUUUUUUUUGUAGAACCACCUGCAUCUGGACACGGACAUUUAUAAGAUACAUUUUUUCCCCCAGAAAUUGAACGAAGACCGUAUCGCCAAAAGCAGUUGAAAAAUCUAUGGCAGCGUUUGGUAUAAUCUAACCUGUAACGCCCAGUAAUGGAUACAUAGUUAUCACAUAUCUGGCGUACGAACUGUAACUAGAUGUUGUCUAGUGGUGUAAAUGCGUUAGUAGUGCCAUUCUAAAGUGAACCUCUUCAGCAGCUGCUGUUCAUGUUCAGCAAUUUGUCAAUUACCUGUCUUCCAAUUUAAAGUAGGCCAUUGUGACCUUCUUAAUAAUGGAGUGUUUACAUACACAAGUACUGUGGAUGAAUGCCUGGUUACCAGUUUGUUCCUUCAAAGUUACUAGCCUGACAAUCUAACUAUGCAAUCUACAGGUAGGCCUAGACAUACCAACACGUUCCUCUAAGACCAGUGUUUUAUUUUAUGCUAAAUCUAUCCAUUCAGAGCAUAUGUGAAGAGUCAAUGUAAGGGAAUACGUUUUUGUACAGUGGAACAUCCAGUUCUGCCAAGGUUUGCUGCAUCUGCUGAAUUUGAGCAGAGUUCCUUUAAGUGCAUGUCACUGAAACAGAGUUUGCCAAAUCUGAGUGAAUGGUAAAUUAAGCUGACGUGUCUUUGCAUGCAGCUAAGUUACAGCCAGCACUGUAUUCAGUUACCUUUGAUGAGAUGUUGCGGGAGAGGCUCUACUUUGUAACUCAAUCUGUGGUCAUUCCAGUUGCCUAGUAGCCACAUCUACCUAGAAUAUUCCAUGUUUGUCUGUAUAAGUUUUACUUGUUUUCAGUUUAGGUUACACACGGACGUGGCUUGAUUAAUAGGUGUCAAGGUAGUGGUUUCAUUGUGGUUGAGAUGCCAGCCUGUUUACGGUGGGUUUUGGGUUUCGGAUCAUCCAUUUUAUGAAUAGGACUAGCUGAGGAUAACAAACAACCGCUCUGAGCAUUUAAACCCAGGAAAAAUGCCCACCUUGGCUUUGUGUGCCGUGGAACCAUAGACAGAUCAGCAACACAUUCCUUGCAUAGUCUGUUGAGGUUAAGUCAAACCAGAGCUUUUCACAUUGUGAACAAAAUGUUUUGUUUGGACUUAAGGUCACUGAUAGCGAUAGGCCCAUAGCACUAGCCUCUGGUAUUAUUUUGCUACAAAGUUGAUACUUUGUUUAGGCCAACAUGUUGUGAUAUUGUUGAUCACAUUACCAGGCAAGGGGUUUGGGCUGCCGUGGGGAUGUUUGCCUGCUCAUAUCCAGGAGAUAUGGGAUUUAGCUAAACUGUCAGUUCCCAUAAGACAGCAUAGCUUAGUCAUCUGGAGCAUCGUGACCUCAACACUUGAAUCCCAGCCAGGUCCACGCAGCCAGCUACCUAAUGGAAAAGUGUGUGGGAGCAGAAAGAUCGAGGCAGUGACUGAGGAGGUGUCUAACUGAUCCAGUGCCAGCCCCCCUGAAGUAACACCAGACUGCCUUGAAGUGUUAAGAAAACCCACCAAGACACAGCCAUGUUGGAGGAGGACAUGGAAGUGGCCAUUAAGGUGGUGGUGGUGGGCAAUGGUGCGGUGGGGAAGUCCAGCAUGAUCCAGCGCUACUGCAAGGGCAUCUUCACCAAGGACUACAAGAAGACCAUCGGUGUGGACUUCCUGGAGAGGCAGAUACUAGUGAAUGAUGAAGAUGUGAGAUUGAUGUUGUGGGACACAGCAGGGCAGGAAGAGUUUGAUGCCAUCACCAAGGCCUACUACCGCGGUGCCCAGGCGUGUGUUCUGGUCUUCUCCACUACCGACAGGGAGUCGUUCGAGGCGGUCGGCAGCUGGUGGGAGAAGGUGGAGCUAGAGGUGGGAGACAUCCCCACUGUCCUAGUGCAGAACAAGAUUGACCUUCUGGAUGACACGAUGAUCAAAAAUGAGGAGGCAGAAGGUCUGGCCAAGAAGCUCAAGUUGAGGUUUUACAGAACCUCUGUAAAGGAGGACCUCAAUGUCAAUGAAGUUUUCAAAUACCUAGCAGAUAAGUAUCUGCAGCGACUCAAGCGGCAAACAGCAGAGGAGCCCGAGGCAGUGCAUACAGCAGGCAAUAAAAUUGGCGUUUUCAACACCACAAGUAGUAACCUAUCUAGUCAGAACUCCAGCAAUGGCCGAGAAAUCAUCAGCUUGCGGCCCAACAAACAGAGGACCAAGAAGAGCAAAAACCUCUUCAGUAGCUGCAGCCUUCUUUAGAAUCAAUCCAUUCCCUUCAAUACUGUACGUUUUGACUGCCAUAUGUGAGGGAAAGAGUCUUGAUUGAUGAAUGAUUGUGUAUUAUAGGGGUAGAUUCUUUCACAGACCAAAGUCUGCAUAGGAUACGGUAUGUUAUAUCAAUUUGAGCUCAACCUAGAUCUAAUCUGCACCUGCGCAUUGUGCCUAUCAUGACGUUGAGCAUCUUUCCAGAUCCAGUCCAGCCUUUGAUUCGCAUGGAUAGAUGUGAGAUCUAAAGCACCAGUAUGGUGAAAGUAACAAUAGUCCUCCUGGUGGCUGCAAUGGAUACCAAAACCUAUGUUGUAGCAUGAAUGGAAUUCUUGAAGCUUAUCUUUUGGGAAAUUGGGGUUGGGCGUUGCAGGGUUUUCCCCAUUUACACCCUUCAACAUGUUGUAGGGAAGGGUUACAUUCUAGUUCACUAACAAGACAUCUUUGUAUGUUCAUAUGUGAUUUUUACAGAUUACCAUUUGUGCAUUUGACUGUUCAUCUGUGCAAUAUGUUUAUUGUAAGAGAUAUACUGAUUAUUUUGUACCAUAUUUUGUUUAAAAUAUUAAUGGAAUAUGGUUCAAUCUAUGCUGUAUAUUGUGGAUAAAGACUUGGACAUAAUUGUUCAUUGUUUUCUGAAAGGUAUUUUUAUAUGAAUUUUAAGUGUUUAACAUGUUGGCAGAAAAUGAGUUGCCUAAAACUUAACAUAGUGCCAAAUAGUUUCUUAACUUCCUUUUAUUGUUGUAAGAAAUGUACAUAUUUUAAAGUGAGGUAGGAGUGAUUGGUAGUUGUAUGAGAAUACUGAAUUACAACAAAGACCAAUAGAAUGUGCUCUUAUAUUACCAAAUACAAUUUGAGAUUCGCACAAUAAGCUCUCUACUUGAGUCACAAAAUUAUAAAAUGUACUGAUCUUAUAGAAUGGAUGAGCCAGUGAGGAGUGUUUUGUUACACAGACAAUACCAAUCAAUAUAUCUCUCUUUAUCUGGUUAGCACACACAGGUGUUUCAUAGGAUACUAGAAAUCACAAUUGUUUACAUGUUACAUAUUGCAGCAUUUAAAUCAUAUGCAGUUGAAGUUGGACGUUUACAUAUGAAGUUGGAGUCAUUAAAACUCGUUUUUCAACCACUCCACAAAUUUCUUGUUAACAAACUAUAGUUUUGGCAAGUGGGUUAGGACAUCUACUUUGUGC